UAUGCUACGUAAAAUUGCGUCAAACGUGUCGCAAUUUUACGGAACUACGCGGGAGGAGGGUUUGAGUGAGAGACUACAGUAGACGCAUGAUCAUAUCCCCAGUGAGAAAGGCACGGUAUAAGGGGAGUGCUGAAAUCAUCAGUUUGACUUUAGGACGGAUUCAGUUGGAGUUCUACUGGUGGAGGACACAUUUGGCUGGAAUAACACGAGAGGGCACACAAUUAUCUCCGUCAGUGGAAACGGAUAAAGCUUGAAAAUGCCCUAUGCCGAUGACAAAUUGUAUCAUGGAUACCUCCGGCAAAACAUGGGGAAGUUUGUGUCUGUAGUCAGAGUGAGAGAGAUCCUCCCCCAUCUUCCCUGCCUCACUCAAUCAGACCGGGAUGAAAUUGAGGCAAAGCGAGACAGCACGGGCAACUACAAUGCCAUGCAACUCCUGCUGGAUUGUCUGAAGAGGAGGGAAAACUGGCCCAGUCAGUUAAUCAGAGCCCUGGAGUGCUGUGAGCACCUGGAACUAGCUAAUGAAAUCCGGGCUGAAUAUGAGUCUUUGAAAGUCCCACGCAAUGGCAGUGUUUCUGCUCCUUCAGUGAAUGCCACCCCAUCUCCCGCUCCACAUCCCAGCUCCCCAAGGCACACUACCCCUGAAACUCAGACCACAGCAGUGGUGACCCCCUCUGGGCAUGUUGCUCCUCAACCAGGGGCAGCCUCUGGUGAUGACAGUUUGGUCCCUAACCACAUGGAGGUCCCAGCUGUAGCAGUCCCAUCUCAAAGCCCUGCAGCACAAUCAGAGGGAAAUCCCCCUUCAGCUUCUCCCCAGGCUGCUCCAUCGCCACCAUCCAGUGCCCCCGUGGCCCCAGUAACCCCCACCUCUGCUCCUGCAGUAAUUCCUCCUGCCCCCCAGGUGUCCCCAGUGAAAUCACCAGUUCAGGACACCCACCCACCAGCUGUUGAUGCCAUCAGGGAGCCUGUAGAGAACUCUGAUCCAACUUUUAAUCAGGUCGCUGCAAGCCGUCGAAAUGCACAGCCCCUUCAGGGGAGCCCCGCCCAGCAGGCCCCCACCAGGCCCGUCGUUUCCAGCGCUAACGCCGAUCACACUGACAGCCGCGCGUCUCCCUCCCCCGCCGCGGGUGUGGCUGUGGAUGAAGACGAGUGCUUCAGCAAACCGGGGACGCUGCGCUCCUUCCGCGAUGUCCUCGUCCCCCGGGCUGUGGGGGGCGCAGAGGGCCCAGGGCUCCUGCCGGUGGCGGAGGAGCCGUACUCCGGCGGCUCCAGUCGCCUGCAGAUCAGCGGUUCCACCUCGGAGGGCAGCGCGUCCGUAGCCAGUGCGCUGUCAUGGAACGAGCCGGAGGAGGACCACUACGAGUCCGUCCGUCAGAGCCUCCUCAGCGGCCAGGACGUGCGGGUGAGCGUGGGCCAUGUGUCCGAGGGCGCCCCCAUCCCAAACUACGCGGGGCAGACCCCAGCUGCGCCCUCCGAGAACUGCCACCUGGGGACAGGUGCUGGCCCAGGGCAGCGGCAGUCAGAGCCAGAAAGAGAGCACAGUCUGCUUAAGAAGUACUACAUCCCUGCUGCUGCCAUUGCUGGUGUGUCUGCCCUGGUGAUGUUGUGGAGGCUGAGAAAUUAGAUGGGGUUAAAGGCUAAGGGAUGGAAGAGGGUACUGCACAAUUUUGAAAAAUCUUAUGCACUGUCUAGAACUUUCAGUAUAAAUCUAUUGGAUGGAUCAGGUGUAUUACUG